CCGGAAGAGGAGUGAGUCGUGACCUCCGUACGUCGGGAGGAAAAAUGAGUGAACAGAGAUGUGAUUGUUCUGCUCUGCCAUUCACACAACUCCAUCCUCGGCUCGUUUCAGUGAGUUAACAGCGACGGAGAGGAGUGGGCGAGCCGUCCAAGAAACGGAAUGUCGCUGCAAACAGAGAGGACCGUCGAUGAUCCGGUGAAGUUCGUCAGGGAUGCUAAAGAGCUAGCCCACUGAGCGACCUGUGUGUUUGUGUGUUUGACAGCUUCUGCGUGUCCGUGUCUCGGCUUUUAUCAGGACGCCAGGUGAAAAGCAUCAGGAUAUAGCCACGUCAGCUACCUGAUACGUCUGUCCCAGUUAACUGCGUGCUUGGUAGAAUACAAAAAAAGAGAGGAAAGACUCGAAUCUUACUGCGACCAUGGCUCCGAUGGGUAUCCGACUGUCCCCGCUCGGUGUGGCGGUGUUCUGCCUGCUGGGAGUCGCCGUCAUUUAUCACCUGUAUGCUGGAGUCAUCUCCAGCCGCCUGUCCGCCUUCAGACAAAAGAGGAAGGUGGAUCUGAGGGACCUGCUGGCCGUCUCAGUGGAAGCUGCUAUACUCGGUGGCAAAGAGGUGAAAAGGGUGCGUGAGUCCAAUACCCUGAACGAGAAGUCGAAGGGAAAGACGAAGGAGGGAGCCAACGACCCUCUGACUAUGGGCGACCUGAUGUCUCAUCGAAAAAUGUUCAAUCUACUGAAGAACACUUUUCCUGAUGUCAAGGUGAACAGUGAGGAGUUUGACACCGUGGUGGAUCCGACCGUGACGUGGAACAGAGACAUACCGGCCGACAUUCUGGACAAGAUCGACGGGGGAAAAGACAUUCCUCCGGAGACCCUCACCGUGUGGAUCGACCCUCUAGACGCAACACAGGAAUACACAGAAAACCUUUCCAAGUACGUGACCACGAUGGUUUGUGUGGCUUUAGAGGGAAAACCAGUGAUCGGCGUCAUCCAUCAGCCAUUCACUGGCUUCACUGCCUGGGCGUACGUCGGUCAGGGUUCCAACAUGCAGCCUCGGUCCUCCUACAGCUCCAGCCCUGCUAAAGUCAUCGUGUCCCGCUCCCACUCCGGGAAAGUUCAAGGCUUCAUUCAUAAAGCUUUUGGGACCAACACGACCAUCAUACCAGCCGGCGGCUCAGGAUACAAGGUGCUGUCCCUGCUGAAGAUGUCUGUGAGUGACGCCAAUCCGAUAGACGAGGCAGAUGUUUACAUCCACGUCACUUUUAUCAAGAAGUGGGACAUCUGCGCCGGGACGGCAAUACUGAAUGCAAUGGGAGGCCACCUGACAACUCUGAAAGGAGAGAACAUUGACUUCAGCGGGUCUCCAUCGAAUGAGGGAGGCCUGGUGGCCAGUGUGGGUCUGGACCAUAAGGCCUUAGUGAAAAGACUACCAGAUCUGGAUUUUGACAAGAACUGAGACUUGAGCCACUGGCGGUUUUGUUGAGGUUUUGAGGAGGGAGGCCGGAUUCCUUCUGUCACUACAAACAUGAACAAGCCUGCAUGAUUUCAUCACUGCGGGACAUCAGAAAUGUACGAACCGGAGCGAAGUGAACCGUUCUCCUCUCCAUGAGAACACACACACCCUAACAGGAGUAGAGGUGCUCCUUCUUCUUCUUCUUCUUCUUCUUCUUCUUCUUCUUCUUCUUCUUCUUCUCCUCUCAUACACAAACGUACCGUUACAUUCGCCUGCAGAGGACUCCGGGAUGAUUCUGUGAAAUACUGAACUGAGAAGCACAACACUGAGUGAGGGCUCUGCUUUUGGAUUUAGGCUCCAUAGAAUAAACCUAAACAUCUUAGUGAAACUACAGUAUCAUAAGCAAAAAAAAAAAAAAAAAGGUCUCAAUGGACGAGAGAACCAUUGUUUUAUGAGAUUACUGGCCAUUUGACUGCAUUUCACCAUCAGACCGUCUGUUCACCAGCACACGAGCCCUGCAGCAGCACAUCGCACUCUGCAGCUUCUGACAGACGGUGGACGGCGACGCCGAGAAGGGGAGUGUCUGUCCUCGGUCGACUCCAUGGACCGUACACCCGCCGGAGACGCAAGCAUCGCUUGACCUUCACUCAGAAAGACAUCCAGAGAUUUUCACAAUAAACUGCAAAAGGUUUCUGUCAGCUGUGUCACAGAUAAUUACAAAAAAAAAAUAGAAAAUUACUUCCUCAGUAAAUGUUUUUAAUUGACUGUUGUAUUAGCCCCUCCAUAAUUUUCUUUUAUAUCAUUUUCGUUAUAUCCAGUCAUAGUUGUUAUUUUUUUUUACACCUACAUACAGUACAAAAAUACGAAAGCAAAUAACAGAAGCAGUGACUGUCGGUUUUAAUCCCGAGUCUGAGCUGGAAUCACUCAAAAAUACAAACAGCUUCAGGUCGUCUUUUAUCUCCUUCAAAAGCCUGUAAAUCCAGUCAUGAGUCAGACUUUGAAUCUCAGUCACGAGGAACGCGUCAAGGUCGCGGCGGCCCACGGCGUUGCUUUCUUCCCUUUCUCUCUUUGCGAAGUGCGCUGGUCUGAGUUCUUGCGUUGAUGUGGAUCCGGAGCGGAGGAUCACGCUCCGCAGAUUAAUGCAGCAGAGCUCGCAGCCUGGACUGCAGAGUGUGAGCAAGCGUCUCCGUCUCGUUUCAUCCAGACAAAGUCAUUUACGUUUUUAAGUAGUUAUGCCACAAGUUUUUAAAAACCCGUCCUCCCAGUCAAACGUCUCUGGGCCUGUGAACACAAGGCGGACUGGCGUUUUCAUUCUCUCCUCUUUGACUCUUUAACCAGUCAUAUAUUUUGGGGGAUACUAAACUGUGCGCUGUUUAAGUGCACUUGCAUGGUAUUUAUAUGUCACGGUGUCACGUUUUGUCCUUUGUUCUACUGACUGUAGGUCUUUGUGUCCCAUUUGCUACGAGAGAGACAUUUUUAACAAACCCCAAGAAAAGCAGGAAAAAAAGUGUUCAAGAACGGCAUAAAGUGAAGAUGUGCUCGCUACGAAUCGUCCUCGUGUUCAGUUUUCUCUGCUCCCCUUUUUAGACUUUAGGAUAGAAAUAAUUUUAAAGAAAUUUUGCAAAUAUAUUAAAAGAUAAAUGUUGGUGCUUGAUGUUGUGCCUCCGAUCAAACUUAGAAAUAAAUAUCUAGUAGAAGCUGUUGAAGGAAUUUCUUAUGGGAGAUAUUCUGAUUUGAGUGCCUUUGAUCUGCAGAUAAGAUCAGUGUUUGUUGAGAGGUCGGAAACACUUUGGACCCUGCUUCUUGCAUGAGGUGUUUAAUAAAAGAAAAAAAAAAAGUGCAAGCAAGAGAUGAUUAAAAACAAGGUCCACACUAUUUUACGUCUGAGGCUGUGUCGCGCUGCUCGGGGCUCCGGCUUUAUGUCAGAAGUAUAUAUACAGUGUCUGCCAUCUAAUGUCUUGUUGAUUAUAAAUCAUCUCAGUGCAUAAAAAGAAAACAAAUAACUUCUUCUUUAACACAGCAGUUUAUGUUUUUACAGACAAUAUGUGUCGAUGGUUUAAAUUCAAAAAGGAAUGAAGUGCUGAGUCUGUGGUUGGUCGAUGGUACGAGUGGGCCUUAUGAAACUGUUGUUACAGGAGACUGUUGAUGAGCUUUUUUGGGAUGUGCUUUUGCAGAAGCAAAUUUAGAAUUUUAUUUUUAAAGACUUUUAUGUUUCAUGAAAUCAGUCAAGUUCGACACGUUGCUUGAUGUUUUUGAUCCGAUCUGACUUUAGGGACUUGAAUUCAGGCAGCUAAAAUCUAACAUCCUAUUUCACAGUGCCAGCUCCUGUCAGUGUUUUAUAUUUUUGGAGCGUUCAGAUAGAAUUAUCACGGACCUGUCAUGAUGGGGAGGAUACUGGCUGUUGACGUUCACGUUAAAGUGCAGAUUUACAGUGAUGUGCCAGAUGAAUGAUUACUUUCCAGUCUAAUUGCUAUAAUUAAUAAAUCAGCUUGAUUGCUCGAAUUCAGAUACAAAGGACACAAAACAUGUUUACACUAUUUUCCAUGUAUUUUAGUAGUAUAUGCUAUUGGACACUGUCUGCUCAUGGUGACUUUUUUUUUUUUCUUUUGGUUUAUGGAGUUUUGUGGACCUCUGAAAUGCCAGGGAUUACAUUUACAUUUAUUUUAAAUAAUGCUAAACAUUUGAGGGUUGGAAAAAAAAAAGCCCCAAAAAGAAAAACACCCAUGUUUGAAUCCACUGCAGUAAAUGCAGAUUUA